CAGCUCUCAACAGUCUAGCCACCAUCCUGGUUUCUGGCACAGCGCAUAUAUAGAACCUCCGUUGCCCACCCGCUGCACCUCUCUUCGUCUCUCUGCCAAAACUAUUUCAGCUCGGGAUAUUCAUUCCACACCCACCAUGCGGUCCAAGUUCAAGGACGAGCAUCCGUUUGAGAAGCGUAAGGCAGAAGCUGAGCGCAUCCGAGCGAAAUAUACAGAUCGCAUUCCGGUAAUCUGCGAAAAAGUCGAGAAAUCAGACAUCGCAACUAUCGAUAAGAAGAAGUACCUCGUCCCUGCAGACCUCACCGUCGGCCAGUUUGUCUACGUUAUCCGUAAGCGAAUCAAGCUCUCGCCCGAGAAGGCCAUCUUCAUCUUCGUCGAUGAAGUCCUGCCGCCCACUGCUGCUCUGAUGAGCAGCAUCUACGAAGAGCACAAGGAUGAAGACGGUUUCCUAUACAUCACAUACUCCGGCGAGAACACUUUUGGUAAAUCUUAAAGGAGCUAAAAAGCUCGAAAAUAAACAACCAAAAGAAAGAAGAAAAAAAAUAAUACGCCGUCUUUCUUUGCUUGCUUAGGACAUUUUGAUUCUUUAACUUUUUUUUGCUUGUACAAGGGGCAGGUUUUUCUUCCUUGGGAAAUGUGAGCUGGAACACUGAGAGACGCGAUAUGGAACUAUUCAUGGGGACUUGAAAUCUUAAUCGGGAGCAUUUUAUGUGUAACUGGCGUUUUUUUUUUUUUUAAUUAUUUUUAUUAUUGUUUGCUUCGUUUGGGAUAUAAACGACCACACCUUUUCUACUCUUGUUUCCCUACAUAUUUCUGAAUAAUUUUAUUUCCUCCUUGCUGCAACUGUCCGUAAGUUUCGCUUUCUUGCUCUCUCACAUUUUCGUGACUGCAAUCUCGUUCAAUUUUCGUUAUAACUCUUACUGCUAUAUUAGCUCCUCUACGCUUUUGGCGUGGGCCCAUCAAUAUAUGCCUCCUGUGCAGUUAGUUAUUGUGUUGAAUAGGAUAAAUGAGAGGUAUCUCCUGUCUUCCUCGUUUUGUGUUUGGGAUGCCUCGGAGUCCGGAGGAUUUUUUCUUCUCCCUUACCUUUUGAUCUUGCUCUCUCACCAAUACCAACGACUACAAUGCUUACCUGACAGAUAAUGCGAAUCGAUACCUACAUACAUGUAAGAUCAGAGACGGGUCGCCGUUACCACUACAUAAAAGAGAAUGCAAAGUGCUUU